AUGGCGCCUCCACGGCAUGAAUGGGAGCACCAGGGGGGGCACCAUGGCCGAGACCAGCAGCAAUACGAAGAACAACGACUGCAGCAGCAAGAGCAACAGCAAGCUCCCUCCGGCGCGGCUAACACCAACAUGCCACCUCCCCCUCCUCCUCCUGAUGUUCCUCUCUACUACCCUCACCCAUACUACGGAAUGCCCAUGCCGAUACACAUGCCUCACAUUGACCCCUACUAUCUAUACUAUCCGCAAUUCCCAGCCCCUAUCGCCCAGGCGACGCCGUCCAACUUCCAGGGUCAAGAUGUCGUCCCGCCACAAGUCCCUUACGAGGCCCCUGGCAUGAUGUUUCCAGUACUACCGCAGCAACAGCUCCCCUAUGGAGGAGCCCCAAUGCCGCCCGAGCUGCCACCGCUCUCACAGAUGCCACGCCACGCCACGUACGAGGAGGCGAAUCAAGCGAAGCCUCCAACCAUACCACCACGGUCCUCGUCACGCACAAACACCAGCACCGCGCCCCCACCCCCCAACCCGCCCUCCCAAGACCAAGACCAAGACCAACAAGCCCGCCGCGAAUGCCACCACGAGCACCGCGCCAUCCCAACCAACUACUUCCCGCACGCCUCCAGCACCUCCAACAUCGCGCCCUGGUACCUGCACCCACGCUCACGCUCGCGCCUCGCCCAGCGCCCCGCAGCCCCCCUUCUACCAGCCGGCAAACCGUACACGUUCCGCGCGCACGACCCGCCGCCCGACGAGGACGAGUCCGCGCGGCACCCGUACCAGCAGCGCCUGUGCGCGAACCUGCUGUCGACGCUGAGGAUGGCGAUCGCGCACCAAUCGCCGCUCGUGCGGCUACCUUCCUCCUCCUCCUCCUCCCCCUCCCUCUCUUCCGUUUCAGGGGGCGCGGGAGCGGGCGCGGGAAAGAGAAGAAGAGGCAAAGGAGGGAGGGGGGGGGGAAAAAAAAGAGCACGGCGGCCGGAAGAAGCGCGCGAGGUCUACCGCGUCCGGUGCCCGCGCGCGCCCUACCACGUCGCCUUCCACGCUCUGCGGCUCCUGCCCGGCGCCGAGCUCGACCCGCGCGACGCCCCGCUGUGGGACGAGAUGCAGCUGGUGGCGCGGCUGGGCGUGCGCAGCGGCCUGCGGGUGUUGCCGUCCGGGCGGUUCGCGGUGGGGUUUCUGAGGGUGGCGGAGAGGUGGGAGGGGUGGGGUGGGGGGGACGGCGAUACCAAUAACAAUAACAAUAACAAUAACAACAACAGAGAUGGUAAUGAAGGUGAAGGUGAAGGUGAUGAUGAUGAUGAUGAUGAUGAUGAAGGGGGGAUUAUAAUGCGGCCGGAGAACGCGGUGUCAGACGAAGAGUACUGGGGCCUAGAGGAUCUGCGAGAAGGGGUGAAGGGGGAGGACACGGUGUUUGAUGAGGCGGGCUGGGAGCUGGAGUAUGACACCGAUGCGGAUAUGUAUAAUGAGUAUGUGGAGUUUGAGGAGUAUUGCCGGGCGCGGGAGAGGGAGAUUGAGGAGGAAGAGGAAAAGUGGUGGGGUAACAGGAAGGAGAAGGAGGAGGAGGAGGAGGAGGAGGAGGAGGAGGAUAAUGAUAAUGACAGCCAGGCGACGGUUAGGCUCGCGAGGCCUACGAAGUCUGUGGUGAAGAGUGAGAAGAGUGACGAAGAGGAUACAGAUGAGGAUGACGCCACCAUACGCGCGAUUCCGCCAGUCCACCCUGGCUACACACAGCCCAUCGCCUCCAACGGAACAAGCAAGGGCAAAGGGAAAGAAGUUGAAAAAUACUGGGACGGCGAGACGAACCCGCUGAGAGCUUACACCCCCCACCCUGAUAGGUUGUUGGGGCUGAUGUCGAUGGCGCUUGACACGAUUGCGCCUAUCUACAAGGGCGAGGAUGAGGAUGAGGAAGAGGAUGAGGAAGAGGAUGAGGAAGAGGAUGAGGAUGAGGAUGAGAGCGAGAGUGAAUACGAAGGGGAAACAACCGGAAAUGGAAAUGGGAAGAAAACCAAAAAGGCAAAGGGAAAGAGAAAGACGAGAAGGGUCAAGGUGAAGGGGAGGUGGAAGAUUCGGAGGGUGAAGGUGAAGAUGAAUCUGAAUCUGAAGGGAAAAGGCAAGGGGAAAGAGAAGGGGGAGUGGCAGGAAGAAGCUAAAGGAGACGAAGGUACUAGUAGCCCGUCUACAAGUGUAGACGUUGAGUGGUGGUAG